ACGUGGUCUCCGUCUCAGGGCUUGUUUAGCACCAACGACGUAUUGCUGAAAACCUCUGACGAAACUCAUGCCAGCGCACUGCACACGUCCACCGCGGCAGGGGUAAACUGGACCACACAGAGGCGAGGAUGCCAUCUCACCCUCUCAACCAGUUUUCCGAACUGGAAGACGUAAUGAGCAAGCAUUUUCUCAGUCUUGACCUUGGAGAGCAGAACAGACCGCCUCCCUCUGUGAACCUGGCCAUGACUUCUCCGGGUUACGCCAGCGAUCUGUGCAGAAGCUCCUCAUUCUCUCUGUCCAGCCUCCCUGCUGAUUCGUCAGACGGCCUGUUUCUGGCCUCCAGCCAAUGGGGGCAGCCGUCAGAAAGCCCGUCGCCCUCCCAGCUUGCUGCUAACUCCAACCAGUGGGGAAAGUUUGGUUUUCUCUCCCAACGCUCUGUCAGCCUGGUGGAGACGAGGAGCAUGCCGGCAGCAAGCCUAGACUGGCCCAGCACUGAACUGAAGACAUCCGAAAGUGACAUGAGCCCCACUGCCUUACAAGCUGCCGCUGCCUCUUCAUCAUCCAGCUCCUCAUCACGCUACAAAACCGAACUUUGCAGAUCUUUCACAGAGAACGGCCUGUGCAAGUACGGCGGGAAGUGCCAGUUCGCCCACGGCCCGGAAGAGUUACGUGAUCUAAACAGACAUCCUAAAUACAAGACGGAGCCUUGUCGCACCUUUCACACCAUUGGCUUCUGCCCGUACGGGAUCCGCUGUCACUUUAUCCACAACAGCGAGGAAGAGAAGAAACCCGCCUUUUCUCGCUCGUCCUCAUCAUUCUCCUCCACCCUUAACGCUUCUCACCAGCUAGCAGAUUCCUCCUCUCCCUCGUCCUUGCGCUCUCACAGGCCGCCUCUGAUCAGGCAGAGUUUUAGCUUUGCUGGCUUUCCUUCCGCUCCUCAGCAUGUCCUCCAGUCAGUCUUGACUGGCCACACCCCUCCCCCUGCCGCCACCGCUGCCUCGUUUACAUGCGGCUCAUCAGGCUCUCCUGCUUCCUGUGCCGACAUCACUGACCUCCUCUCCAGCGCCUUCCUGGAGAUGGACUCCGCCUUUGAGGCUUCUGGCAACCAGCAGUGCCAGCCCUCAGCGGGCCACGUUGUCCAAACCGACCUGCGCUCCCACUUCCUGCCUUCCCCCGACUCAGGCUACUCCCCCAGUGGACUGUCACCCACCAGCUCACCCUCCCUCCAACAGAGCCCCAGCAGCGCUGACCAUCUUCUGGGGUCGCUUGGCGCCCGCUCUCCGUCUUAUACCUCCCUGUCAGAUCAGGAUCAGGACGGCGGCAGCUCCACCAGCUCCCUCAGUAGCUCCGAGUCAUGCGGGGGGAGCAACGACAGCAACGGGAAGCGCUUGGCGGUGUUCAGCCAGCUCUCUGUUCCAUAAGAUUGCUGCUGGCUUCCGCCUAAAAGCAGCAGAGGUCUUUGAAAUGAAAUGUUCUCACCUUUAACCUCGGUAUAUUUUCACCUGACUGACACAUAAGACGUUCUUUACAAACUGUGUGGCAUUAAAGAUGAUGAGGACUUGAUGGCAGAUUCAAAACACUUUAUAGAGAUUUCCCUGUGUAGAUUUAUGUGGCCAAAUUAUUACCCCGACACGCACAAGCCACACUGAUGCUUAAACUAAAGAAUACAUAUCACCGUAAUAGUUUUACAUCAAUAAAUGGGCUUUUAUUCUUUACCUAAAUAGUUAAUAUGUGCCAUGAAGACAAAGAGCAAAAAAGCCAAAUCAGUGUCAUACGAUUGAUUUGCUCAACCGCACAAUCAUUCACUUGUCUAAAUGUUUUAUGAAUGGUUUGCAGUAUGUGACAAAGCCAAAGAGGACAUGUUUUUGCAGCUCAGACUUCCUAAUUACGGUCGAACAAACGGUGGCCAAUGUUCAGGAGUUUGCUCCAAUAACUGUACGCAGUGUUGUUUAUAAGCUUGUGAAAUAGUUUUUUGGGGUUUUUUUUCUUUGUAAAUGUGCAGUCUGAGGUUAUGUUUAGAUUACUGGCCUUAAACCUGUAAGUCAGACAGAGGGUUGUCUGUUUUUUUUUCUUUUAAAAGAUGUGCCUGUAAUGUUUUUAUUGGGUCCCGUUUUGUUGUUGAGCCAAGAUUCUGAUUUGUUUGGAGAGAUGGAAAUGGAGGUGAGUCUCAACCUUUUUUCUUGGAAGCAUUAAUUCAAACUGUCUUGGUAUGCGUUGCCAGCUUGUGGGCGCUAGUUGCAUGCCUAACCAGCAAGUCUAAGCUACAGUUUGAAGCAUAAACAAGAUGCCUGCUAUUGGCAUUUGGCUUUAACAUAUUUAAAUCAAAUCCUUCUCAACAGCUCUCGUCAAACACCCCUAUUUUAGGUGCUGAUGGUGUUUUUGAAUUGAUCUUUGACACAGACAUUGCUGUUAGUGAGUCUUUGUUUUGUUUUUUUCUUUCUUGCUCUCAUCCACGGGUGCACCAUUACAGUUUCAUCAAAUGUUUUAGUGAUUCUCGUCUUGUUGCAUCUCUCCAUCAUUCAGUGUUAAUCCUUGCUGUUACGCCUUCAUACUGUUCUGAUAAGAUCCACUUGAAAUGUGCCUGUUGCCUUACUGAAUUAGACUGUAGAGGUUUAGAGUACGUAUGCUUAGUGUUCUAGAAACAUUACUCGGCUGUAUUUUUUUUUUUUUGUGUGCGUGUGUGUGUUUACAGUAGUUGGUUAGACGAACAGGCGUCGUGAUGUUCCUGGUCUAUUUAAGAAUCGCCUUUUUCGUCGACAAGUUUGAGACCUGUUUAGAUAUAAAGGUGAACAUCUUUAGUAAAUUAAUUUCUUUAAUUUAUUUUAACGUAUUUAUAGAGGACUUCUCAGUUAAUGCUUGUAUCGAGUUUAAUAUAUUUGGGUUUCUUCUGCCUUUUUCUACUGAAAAUAAAGUUUUUCUUUUUUAAAAA